CUGUUUCACUUCCUACCACACACACCUGCUGGAGGUGCGCAUCCGUUAUAGGACUGUUCGAUUUGGGCAACUCAACGACCCCGUCGAGCGGCGCAAGCUGCACAGCUUUUUCUGGGUCUUCCAAUCACAUCUCGCGGUCUUCCUGAAUGGAUGCUCAGUGCUCAUGGAGCCAUUGUUGCCUGUAGCCAGACUUGAGGAGAGACACAGAGCCUGGAGGAGAGAGAGAGAGAGAGGAAGAUAGACAGAGAGAGAGAGAGAGAGAGAGAGAGAGAGAGAGAGAGACUUGUGCUGAUCACAGAGUCUGCAGCCCCCAGCCUUCCUUCUGUUGCUGCUACAGUACGUGUGAAAGGCAGAGAGGGAGAGGCAGUGGAGGCAGAGCUGGUGUUUGUCUCUGAGUCUUGGAAGGAAGAGGAGAACGCUGGAAGCUGUGCAGUGCAGACCAGAGCCAGCCAGUCCUCUGGUAUGUGUCCAGUGUGAGCAACUCAGUCCAGUCCCCUGCGCACCUCUGCUGCUGUCUGAGUAGCCUCGCACACCAGGGCUCUGACACCAGCCACACAAACAGGAAUACCUGUGUCCACUGAACCAGUUUGGGUAGAGGAGCAUGUUGUGACAGCCAUGUCUCUGGAGAUGGAGAAGACCAUCACCAAGCUGAUGUACGACUUCCAGAGGAACUCCACCUCCGAUGAUGACUCUGGAUGUGCGCUGGAGGAAUACGCCUGGGUACCCCCGGGCCUCAGUCCUGAACAGGUGCAUCAGUAUUAUAAUUCCUUACCAGAGGAGAAGGUCCCCUACAUAAAUAGCCCUGGAGAGAAAUAUCGCAUCAAGCAACUUCUUCACCAGUUGCCACCACAUGACAACGAGGUGCGUUACUGUAAUGCGCUGGAUGAGGAGGAGAAACGAGAGCUUAAGCUCUUCAGUAACCAGAGGAAGAAAGACAGCUUGGGCAGAGGCAACGUCCGCCCUUUCCCCCUCACCAUCAAUGGAGCCAUCUGUGAUAAGUGUGGAGGUCAGAUAAAUGGAGGGGAGAUUGUGGUUUUUGCUGCAAGGGCAGGUCAUGGAAAAUGCUGGCACCCUCAUUGCUUUGUCUGCAGCAUGUGUGAGGAGCUGUUGGUUGAUCUCAUCUACUUCUACCAGGAUGGCAAGAUCUACUGUGGCCGGCACCAUGCCGAGAGGCUGAAACCGCGCUGCUGUGCCUGUGAUGAGAUAAUCUUUGCUGAUGAAUGCACUGAGGCAGAGGGCAGGCACUGGCACAUGAAGCACUUCUGUUGCUAUGAGUGUGAGACCACCCUUGGCGGCCAGCGCUACAUCAUGAAGGAUGGACGACCACACUGCUGCAACUGCUUCGAGUCCCUUUACGCAGAGUACUGCGACGCAUGUGGAGAACACAUAGGCAUUGACCAAGGCCAGAUGACAUAUGAUGGGCAGCACUGGCACGCAACUGAAGAAUGUUUUUGCUGUGCCCGUUGCAAACGCUCUCUGCUGGGCCGCCCUUUCCUGCCAAAGCAGGGGCAGAUCUUCUGCUCACGGUCCUGCAGCGCUGGUCAGGAUCCAGAUGAGUCUGACUCCUCAGACUCGGCCUUCCAAAGCGCCCGUUCCCGUGAAUCCCGCCACAGCACCAAGAUUGGGAAAAAGGAGCGUAGGAAUGCAGAGCAGGAGCGGCGGAGUGCUGAGACCCGCCAAUCCGCUCCUCCACCCAUGCCUGACCGUCUGUCUGCCGAAAUAGAUCCCCUGUCUGUCCAGAUGGACCGUUUAAGCCUCUCAUCUAGCCAGACUCCAAGCAGGACACCUAACCGCACACCCAGUCGCACUCCAAGCCGUGCCCCGAGCCUUAACCAGGUGUGGAUGAGCCGGGAUGAGCCCUAUGUCCCUGCUGCCUAUGAGGGCCCCCAGCGGGAACCCUCCCCUACCCCUACGCCAAUACAUUUGCUGGGUCAGUGUAACCCCAGGCAGGGCUUCAAUCCCAACGCAAACGCUCAUCCUCCAGCCCAGAAUCCCUCCAACCCAGGAAAGAGGCCCGAUUCCUGGGGAAAAGAGCAAGGCAAUGCCAAGAGGACCCCUAUGGCUGCUCUGAGGGGCCACUCCUUUAAUGAAAACUGGAUCCACCACAGCCAAGAUGAGUUCAGGCCCAACAAGCUACGCACCCAGAUGAGCUUCAAUGAGAUGUCCAGCCAGAACCACGGCUUCUCAGACAAGCGGAGCAUCAGCCUGCACGGAUUCCAGAGAGACGGCAGACCCCCGCUGACCAGGAGGAACCCCAUCAAUGCCAUGAGCUUCAAUGAGCCCCUUACUCCUCUAGAACAGACCCCUCGUGGAUCCAUGGACUCCCUCACUAUGUCCAAUGCUACAGGUAACUCUCUGGAUGGGGUCAGUAAGCGUCAGGAGCAUUUGUCUAGGUUCUCCAUGCCUGACCUAAGUAAGGACUCCGGUGUGAAUGUGUCUGAAAAGAGCAACAUGGGCACCCUCAGCUCCUCAGUCCAGUUCCACAGCACAGAGUCACUCUCCUCCUCUCGUCCCUACAGCAACAACAUGUACACUCCACUGAGAGUCGGUUACCCACUACAGUACUGGGAUGGCCCGCAGCCGCUGGGCUUUGACAGCAAAGGUCGUGUUGGGGUGAUGGGCAGUAGUGGAAACCUGCGGAUGGCUCCCAUGAGCGACAGAAUGCCCCGCCGACGUAUAAAUGCGCAGGAACCCAUGGCACAGCAACAGCAGCUACAACCAAGACGCCGCAAACACCAUCGUGGAAACCACAGUAACGGGCAGCACCGCAGCGGCCGCCACCACAAACGCUCUCGUCGUUCCCGCUCCGACAACGCCCUGCACCUUGUUGCAGACCGGCCUGCUCAAAUGGUGGAGCUGCCCUACCGCCGCGUUCAGGAGGAUUACGAUCGCUUCCCCUCCGGUCAUGCUGCUCGGGAGUUGUUUGGUCUGGAGCCGGGCGGGUACAGACAGCAGCCCCACCGGCCCUGCCCCCGCACCACCUCUGAUCUCACCCUGCAGAAUGCUGGCUGGCAACAUGUGGGCCUGGGUGGGCCGUGCUGGGGCGAUGGGUACAUGGAGGCUGCUGACCCCUGGUGCUCCAGCUGCUCCUCUUCCUCCGAGUCAGAGGGAGAUGAGGGUUACUUCCUGGGGGAACCAAUCCCCCGGCCUGUGCAGCUGUGCUACAUCAACAACGAGGAGCUGCGCCAUCGCUACAGCCCCUCUGGGAUGGGUGGCCAUCAUGGACCUCUGCACGGAUCGAUUCAUGGCCAGCUGCACACUCGCCAGAGGAGAAAGAGCAAAAACUGCAUAAUUUCCUAGAUAUAGAGCAAAGAGAUGGUGAGGGAUGAGCAGGAGAGUGAAAGAGAUGACAGAGAGAGAGGUAAGGAGACGGUUUAACAGAGAGGAGGAAAAGAGGGAGUGGGAAGCUGAGAGUGAGACAGUUUGACAGUGAGAGUGACUACAGUGUUUGUGUAUGAUUUUGUGUGUGUGUGUGUGUGUGUGUGUGUGUGUUGGGGUUGAAGAGAGAAAAAGGCCUAUUUUUUGUGCUUGUGAACUUACACAACUCUACACCAUGUAGUGUUUGUGUACACCUACACAGAAUGAUCUAAUCAUAAGAGGAAGCUCAGCUGGCUAACACAACAGAAAUGUUUACAAUGAUGGAGCUCAACUCCAAUGAUGGUACCAGGAAGCACUGAUGAAUUUGACAACUAAAUAUACUGUGGUCGGGGUAAAUAACAUGAUGUAUGUGUGUGUCUGUGCGUGUAUCCAUGUUACAGAGAGAUUGAACAAUUCCUUUACCGUUGGAAAAGGGAAGUAACACUGGUCAAACUGCAGUGAUCUGACUGUUCAUGUCAUAGCUCAGUGAUCCAAGCCCUGGGCAGUAAAACUUAUUCUAUGUGGACAAACCAGAAUUUGUGUUGGGAUAGUGAAAGCUACGUGCUAGAUUCCAAGCUAUGUCAGUGUUUACCUCGGUGGAAUCCAAAUGCUGCUGGAAUAUAGUGUUGGCUCACUAGCCCUGUUAUCACCUUGUACAAAUAGUCUGUUGAACCUUGUGCUCUACAUAGCCAGCUCUCCAUGCUUUACCGAGGACAGAGCGCCAGACAGCCUCUGCUCCUUGACCAUUCAGGCACAGUAACGUCAGGUAUGGUCCCGUUUUCUCUUCUGCAACAUGCUUUGUUUUUUGAGAGUUACCAAUAGAUGAUUAAGGAUAAUAAUAAUAAUGCUAACAUUAAUAAUAAUAAUGCAAAUAAUAAUUAUAAUAAUAUUAAAGAAUAAUACCUGUUAAAUGUAUAUAUAGUAAUACAAUUAAUAAAGUAAUAGAUGUGGUCAUGUAAAUGUUAUGUACAUACAGUCUUAAAUAUUUAUAUAUUUUGUAACUAAAGAAUCAUUAUUUGUAUAACAUGAUGUAGAGAUAGGGAGAUUUGCAUGUUAAUUUGUUGUUGUUGUCUCAUACUGAAAAUAAA